UUACCAGAGAAGCAGAAUGCAGUCUCGCUGUGCUCACACUGGGCAAGACCAAUAAUUCAUCUUCUGCAAUAAAUGGAUUUUACAGCGGCGGCCUGGACCCACUGUUUGUAACAUUGCUUACUUGGAGGACGCUGUGAUUUGUUGGGAACAUGUCUCUGAUGUUUGGGAAAGUGAGGACAGCUCCUGAGAGGAGUCCAGCUGAGUGUAACCUGGUUCUGCUCGGUGUGAUGGGCUCAGGCAAAUCAGCGCUGACGGUGAAAUUCCUCACGAAGCGCUUCAUCAGUGAAUACGACCCCCAUCUCGAGGAUAUCUAUUCAUCAGAAGAGGUUGUGGACCAGCAGCUUGUUGUUGUGAAAGUGAUGGACACAUAUGACCAGGACGGUCCUGUGAACACUGAGCGCUACCUGUCGUGGGCCAGUGCCUUCCUGGUGGUCUACAGCAUCGAUAAUGUGCACAGCUUUAAGGGUUGCCAGCCGUACCUGGAGACCAUCACCCUCCACAACAAAAGCCUCAAGUCACAAAGUCCCAUCAUCCUGCUGGGCAACAAGCUAGACAUGGACAGAUACAGGCAGGUGAGUACAUCUGAUGGUAAGGCCCUCGCCUCCCGUUUCGGCUGUCUCUUCUACGAGGUGUCAGCCUGUUUGGACUUUCGCUCGGUGCAACACGUUUUCCACGAGGCGGUGAGGAAGGUGAGAUGGGAUGGUGAGCCCGGCUGCUCGGUCCCAGCCGUCUACAUCAGUGACGAUAAACCUCUGGUGUCUUCAGCACCUGCCUUCACCACCCCCUGCUACAGGGAGCUGCCGGCCCCCGCCACCGCCAAGCUGGUCACCGUCAAGUCAUCCAGAGCACAGAGCAAACGGCGAGCCGCCACUCUGACCCUGCUCAAAGGCUUCAAGAUCUUCUGAAAGGUCAUGGGUGUGGUCCUUUCAGCUCUGCUACAUGGACAAAAUAACAAACGUCUGCACAAUAUGAUGGAAAAUAAGAGGUUGUUACAAACCGUCACCUUGUGUUUUUGGUGUGUCUGUGAGCAGUUCUACCCCUGAACCAACUCUAAUUCAGCCAUAAUAAUCAGCUCCAUCAUUUCUAUUUAUUAACUCUGCAUUCAGUUAUUUAUUUACAAAGAGUGUUGCAUUCAUAUUUUUACUUAGUCAAGAAUGGUGUGACA